GAAUCACUUACUUGUUUUGGUGUUGUUUACGUCCCGCAAUGGGCUUUCUUGCUAACAUCUCCAAACUCUGCGACUGCCGCGAUGGCAUUCUCAGCCACAAGAAAUUCAAAAAAAUAAAGCAAUUACAGACGGUGGAGAUUAAAAUCAAGAUGGACUGCGAAGGGUGCCAGAGAAGAGUGAAGAAAUCCGUUGAUGGCAUGAAGGGGGUCACACGUGUGGAGGUGGACCCCAAACAAAGCAAAUUGACAGUGAUUGGGUACGUGGACCCUGACAAAGUGCUGGAACGCGUGAGACAUCGAACGGGGAAGAAGGCAGAGUUCUGGCCUUAUGUACCGUAUGAUGUUGUGCCUCACCCGUACGCGCCAGGCGCGUAUGAUAAAAAGGCCCCACCUGGGUACGUGCGAAAUGUCUUGGAGGACCCCCAAGCUUCUGCCCUUGCACCUGCCUGCUCUCUCGAAGUUAAGUACACCACUGCGUUCAGUGACGACAAUCCUAAUGCUUGUGUUGUUCUGUAAAUUAAUUAAUUUUUUUUUUAUGGAAUUAUGGUAUCUGAUCAUAUUUAGUUAAUUGGAAUAUUACUAUUUUCUAGCUGAGGUUAA